AUGCUAUUAUUCGUAUCCCACCGGCCCAAUCCUAACGCCGUCCACGACCGAUUCUCGACCACCACUUCGUCUAUGUGUGUAAGACAACCCGUGCUUGGCGGGAUGACAGCUGCGGGCUGCAUGCCCGAUACAAGCCGUCUUGUUUCAUCCUUUGCCACGUGUACGCCGUUACAGCCAAAACAUGCGGGGUUCGAGUGCUUUGGUGGGGACGGGAUUCACGGGAACUGGUCCACUCCUCGGCCUUCAUUGUAUCGUCUCAAAGCGGGAUCUGCCCCACAUCCUCAUUCCAGUCUUGAACUAAGAACGACAAGGCCUGAAGGGAAAGUCCCUGUUUACAGCGCGGUCCUGAGAAAUAGUGUACCAGAGGUAUCUCAGUUGCGGGUCCAUUGUUUACAGAGGCUCUCAAGGUCGAGUUUAGGCGCGCCUCGCCAUCCACCGCCAGGCUCCGCGGGAUUUACGAAGAUUACUUUCGCCCUCGCCCUUGUCCUCGUCAUCCUCGUCUCGAGACAUUGCGAGCCGAACAACGGGCCAUCCGAGGCGCAUCUUGAGCUUCUCGAUCACCUUUACCGUUACUUCAAUGCGACGGCCGCAUACCGCAUCGAACUGGGAGCCGACACGACGAUUGAGGACAUGCGGCUCAAGACCUUUGCAGAUGCCUUUUUUGCGGAUGUCAUAUUGAAACGAUGGUCAACCGACGGCGAGUCCGGUGACUAUGCCGGCGUUGGUCAGAGGCAAUUUGGGUGUUCGGCUCUGGGGCUCUGCUAUUUUCGUCUCAAUUACAAUUCAAACAUGCGACGGACAUGCCAUUCCAUCUCAGUCACAAUUGGGCAUGUAACGGACAUUUCUCUGAUAUCCGACGGACCUGCCAUCUGA